CGGGCCGGGCUCAUGGAAGAGGCGCGGGCUGGACGGGACGGGGCAGCCCACCAGAUCCACCAUGCUCGCUGGCGCCAGCCCCGUAUCCCAGGCCCUGCUGGGAACCUUCUUCACCUGGGCCAUGACUGCGGCUGGCUCCGCACUCGUCUUCGUCUUCUCUAGUGGACGGAGGCGGAUCUUAGAUGGAAGCCUGGGCUUUGCUGCAGGGGUGAUGCUGGCGGCUUCCUACUGGUCUCUGCUGGCGGCGGUGAAAUGGCCACAUCCUCGGGGGGCUAACGGAGCCUUUGCCUUUCUCCCCGUGGCCGUGGGCUUCAGUCUCGGGGCUGCCUUUGUGUACGUGGCUGACCUUCUGCUGCCAUACCUGGGCACAGGAGAUGACCCCCAGACGGCCCUGGCUCUGCACUUGGACCCCGUUUCGCUGAAGAAGGUGGACCCCGAGGGUCCGGGGCUGCUGGCCCCUGAGCGGGACCUGUUCAUCCACAUAGACAAGGCCGAGAAUGGCGAGGCAUACCAAAGGAAGAAGGCAGGGGUGCAGGCAGAGAGUCCUGCUCUGGAACCAACCCCUGGAAUCCCUGCAGGGCAGGGUGGCAGCUGGAGGCGGCUGGCGCUGCUCAUCCUGGCCAUCACCAUCCACAACAUCCCAGAGGGUCUGGCUGUGGGUGUCGGAUUUGGGGCCGUGGAGAAAACAGCAGCCGCCACUUUUGAGAGCGCCAGGAACCUUGCGCUGGGCAUCGGGAUCCAGAACUUCCCCGAGGGUCUGGCCGUCAGCCUUCCACUGCGGGGUGCAGGUUUCUCCACCUGGAAAGCCUUCUGGUACGGGCAGCUGAGUGGCAUGGUGGAGCCUCUGGCUGGCAUCUUUGGAGCCUUUGCUGUGGUACUGGUUGAGCCCCUUCUGCCCUAUGCACUGGCCUUCGCGGCGGGCGCCAUGGUCUAUGUGGUCGUGGAUGACAUUAUCCCUGAGGCUCAGAUCAGCGGUAACGGGAAGCUGGCAUCCUGGACCUCCAUCCUGGGAUUCGUGGUGAUGAUGUCACUGGACGUUGGUCUGGGCUAAUGCUGACAUACGGAGCUGCCUGCGGACAUGUUGUGGUUGGCAUCUCGAACUUGUACCAGCCGCUUCCCUCACAUUAAAACCUCAUCUUCUUU